GUUCGAAAAUUCGGAACUAGCACAAAUGAGCUGACUUUACGUUUACGAGAUAUUUUUUUCCGCUGUCGGCAAAUCUGUGUUUGCCACAAAACUUUUUGAAAGGCAAUCAUAAAAAGGACUCGAGAAGCACGCCGGCAGAGCGAGGUCACGCCAAAGUAUUGCAAUCGAGGUCACUACCUGCAAAACCUACGAUGGGCAGAGCCGCCGCAGCCAGCGCAAACACCAUAGUGGUUCAACCGCUUCGUGCAAUUUGUUUAUGUCUGCUCAUCGCCAGCUGCUACGUGUCGCACUCUCAGGCGGAUGAGCAUAAUCACAAGUAUAAUGACCGGGAGGAGGUGGUCCUUUGGAUGAACACGGUGGGUCCGUAUCACAAUCGUCAGGAAACCUACGCGUAUUUCUCCCUGCCGUUCUGCAGUGGCCAAAAGUCAUCUAUUUCGCAUUAUCAUGAGACCUUGAGCGAAGCACUCCAAGGUGUUGAACUCGAGUUCAGCGGCUACGAGAUGGAGUUUAAGAUCGAUGCUCCGCGAUCGGUCAUCUGCAUGGUAACAUUGCAGGAGGAGAGUGCCAAGGCGUUUAUAUAUGCCGUUAAGAACGAAUAUUGGUACCAGAUGUACAUCGACGGCCUUCCCAUAUGGGGAAAGGUCGGAGAGCGGGACGAACGAGAUGGAAAAUAUUAUAUCUUCACUCACAAAAAGUUUGACAUUGGCUACAAUGGCCAGCAAAUCGUCGAUAUCACCCUGACCACCGAAGGUAGGGAGGAACUCAAACCGGGAUCCCACAUCAACUUCUCCUACGAGGUCAACUGGAAGUCUAGCAAGGUGGAGUUUAAGAACAGAUUCGACAAGUAUCUGGACCCUAACUUCUUCCAGCACAGGAUCCACUGGUUCAGCAUCUUCAAUAGCUUCAUGAUGGUCAUCUUCCUGGUGGGCCUUGUGUCAAUGAUUCUGAUGAGAACGCUGCGCAAGGAUUAUGCCCGCUAUAGCAAGGACGAGGAGGUCGACGACAUGGAGCGCGAUCUUGGUGAUGAAUACGGAUGGAAACAGGUUCACGGCGACGUCUUCCGUUCACCACCCAAUACGCUGCUCUUUUCUGCAUUGGUGGGAGCUGGUUACCAACUGAUUUCGGUUGUUUUCUGUGUAAUUAUGUUCGCCAUUGUCGGUGAAUUGUAUACGGAACGCGGUUCUAUGCUGUCGACGGCAAUAUUUGUAUACGCGGCCACUUCUCCAAUCAAUGGUUACUUUGGUGGAUCUUUAUACGCACGAUUGGGAGGACGAAUGUGGAUCCGACAGAUGUUAGUGUCCGCUUUUACAGUUCCAGUAGCCGUGUGUGGCACUGCAUUUCUGAUCAACUUUAUCGCCAUCGGUUAUCACGCCUCGAGAGCCAUUCCCUUCGGAACUAUGGUGGCGGUUACCUGUAUCUGUCUAUUCGUGAUCCUGCCUUUAACAUUGGUAGGCACUGUGGUGGGUCGUAACCUGGACGGUCAGCCAGACUUCCCUUGCCGAGUCAACGCUGUGCCACGACCCAUCCCCGAAAAGAAGUGGUACAUGGAGCCACUGAUUAUUGUUCUUCUUGGCGGCGUUCUGCCAUUUGGAUCCAUCUUUAUUGAGAUGUACUUCAUCUUCACCUCCUUCUGGGCGUAUAAGAUCUACUAUGUCUAUGGCUUCAUGUUGCUGGUGUUCAGCAUAUUGACUGUGGUCACAGUGUGCGUUACCAUUGUGUGCACAUACUUCCUGCUGAAUGCUGAGGAUUAUCGAUGGCAGUGGACGAGUUUCAUGGCAGCAGGCUCAACGUCCAUUUACGUUUAUGCCUACUCCUUUUAUUACUUUUUCUUUAAAACCAAAAUGUUCGGUCUGUUCCAAACGGCCUUUUACUUUGGCUACAUGGCGCUCUUCAGCGGCGCCUUGGGAAUUAUCUGCGGUACCGUCGGCUAUGUGGGCACGAAUCUCUUCGUGCGCAAAAUCUAUUCCAAUGUGAAAAUAGACUAAGAGCCGUGCGACUCACUGCGCCGCAACCCGCCCCCAGAUCUGUAUAUCAUCCUAAUCGAUUUACACUUGUAUUUAUUGAGUAGAGUUUUAGUUCUGUGUGUUUACUUUUGCUCCAGUUGGCUCUCCUCUAUCCGUCUCUUUGCGUUUCUCACUUCUCAUGUUGGUGUGAAAAUGAAUGCCAGUCCAAUGUAUUCGCACCAAAGAUUAAAUAUUCAGUUUAUCGAUGUAUACGCAAGGCACAUAUAUUACUUAAAUAGUGUUUUUCGGAAUUUGUUGAUAAGAAACUUAAGACCGACAAAAAUUGAAUUCAAUUCUGGAGAAAUUUAAAGGAAAGUAAAAUUAAGAUAUAUUUGUAAAUUGAAAUCGGAUUAUUUUGCAUUUACUUUGAUUAGAUUUAAGCGUCAAUUACUUAUAUACACAAUUUUAAUUGGAAUCUCUUUUAAUUCCAUAAAAUCACUAAUUACAAAAAAAUAUAUAUAUAUUCUCUUCUUUGCCUUUGGAAAUCUUAAACAACUAAAUUUUUUUUAUCACAUUAAAUAUGUAGUUCCGAAAAUAAUAUUUUUGACAUAUAUGUGCUUUGGCAUGACGUGUACAUCAAGUAUUUUAUUUGAAUUGUUUGCCUAGAAAACUUAUCAAUCUAUGCAAUUGCAACAAAAUGUGACUUGAACUUGUUUGCGCCAAUUAAGUUUAUGUACGAUGCAAAAAAUGUGCUGAUUAGCAAUAGUCGAUAAUCUAAUAAUAAAUUCAAUAUAUAAAACCAAAAAAA